UUACUAGUUUAGAGGAAAGCUUUUCCAUUGUUGAUGAGAUUUGGAUUCCACACAGUUACACUGGCAUAUCCCUGACCUCUACAUUCUGAUUGUGUAUUUUAAGUCAGAUCAUGGCAAGGCGGCUACAAUCAACACUGCAGAGAUCUGACAGUGACCUUACAGAAGAAAGCGCCAGACGGCAGAGGAAAGAAGGAUCAGAUGCCAAACCUUUCAGGCACAUACUGACAGAAGAUACUCAAGUUGAGAGUGCCUGCAAUUCAAGUGCUCAGAGUUUAAGUACCACCUGUAGAGGUCGGAAUGAUGGAUUGGCCCGUACACAUGCCUAUAGGGAAAGUCCCGACGACGACCCAAAAUACGACCACCUGCCAAAGCCCCCCAAGCAUCAUCUGGCCAGGAGCCAGCAGAAGUGUAAGCGCAAGGUCAGAGGUCACCAGUCAGAAGGUGGCUGUAAUCAGGUGAGUCAUGAGCAAGUGGUGGGUUUUCAGGAAGCUGAAGGAGUCGACACAGUCAAUCAUGUGGACAUGGAGGUGGAGCCCCAUUCGAACAGCGAUGGAGAGUCUACAGGUUGCUGGGGGGGUUUCAAAAAAACACUGUGUUGCUGCUUCCGUAGACGGGCAACCAAGCAGAGGAACAAGCAGGAGAGGAGAGAAGAAGAGCAGAAGAGCCAAGAAGAUAAUUACCUAAUCCUGAAAGAGGAGAGGUUAAGGGAGUAUGUACGAGACCAGCGGCAGAGGACACUAAACCAGAUGAGGAGGAGGAGGAGAGAUAUGGAGGAAGUCAGAGAUGAAAGGAAGAAGGCAGAGCGGGUAGUUGUGAUGAGAGAAAGACAAAAAGAAAAAAGGCUGAAAAAUCAACAGCAAUUGGCGAAACAGAAAAUGCAAGAAGACAUAGCAGUAGAUCAGCUGACCUCUGAAGACAUAGAGGAGCAGAGGAGACUCUUAGAGCGGGAAAGGAGUCUUGUUCUUAGGAUUGAGAGUCUGGAAGAGAGGAAGACAUUUAACAGAAGCAUGUACAGUGAGGCACAAAUAAUGGAGCUAAUAGGAAGGCUGAGACGACCCCAACACCAGGAAACAUACCAGGAGAGGCUGAGCAAGUUGGAGAAAAUUGUAGAUGUUAUAGAGAGGGGCAGGUGUCAGGAGCCAUGGCAAGACACGCUAAAGCUGAUGGAGCAAAGAUUGGAGAUGGAGGAGGAGUUGGGAGCAAAGCUGUGUGAAGAAAGAUGGAGGACAAUGCUGGAGGAAUGGGAGGAGAGGAAGUGUAAAAUGGAGGAGGAAUGGCAGGAAACAAUGCGAGAGCUAGAGAGGGAAAAGGAAAAAACACAGCAACUGUUGAAAGUGCAGCAAGAGCAGCAUGUCCACACAAUGGCAGAGGCUCAGGCCUAUGAAGAGGUCAAUAAAGCCAACGAUGGAAAUGAAAGUAUGUCAGACAAUGGAGAAAAGAAGAAUGAAGAUGGCAUGGACUGGUGUACAAACCUCAAGGAAGAAAAUCAACAGAAAGACAUGCUAACGCAGCUCAUGGAGCAAAGCAUGCUAAUGGAGCACCAAUUUGAGAUGGAGAGGGAGUCGGAAGCAAAGCUGUUUGAAGAAAGAUGGAGGAAACUUGAGGAGGAAUGGGAGGAGAGGAAGUGUAAAAUAGAUGAGGAACGCCAGGGGGAAUUGCUGGAAGCAAUGCGAGAGCUAGAGAGGGAAAAAGAAAAAACACAGCAACUGUUGAAACUGCAGCAAGAGCAGCAUGUCCACCCAAUGGCGGAGGCUCAGACCUAUGCUGAAGAGACAGAAGCAGAAAAUACAGACAAUGAACACGAAACAGCAGAGUGGGGUGAGAAGAAGACACACGAGAUAAAGGAAUAUGUUAGAGGCCGUGGUGAAGACGUUACCAAAAUAAGAGAGGCACCUGUAGGACACGAGAGAGCAGAGGGGGAUAAUGAGAGAGAUACCAAACAGGUGGUGGACCAGAAGAGGGAUAACAUGGAAAUAAGAGAUGCAACUCUAGGUUUACUUCAGCACAGUCAUCUAGAAGACAAUCAUGAUGUGGCAUGCGAACUGGAGGCAUUGAAUGAAAGGGCAGAAGACUUUCAGUUAAACCCAGAGACAGAGAAGGAACAACCAAUUCAGCACAUGGCAGACCAGAAUGAACUCCAGCAAAAUCCACAGGCACAAGGGGAUUGCAGAAAUGAUGUUACUACUGUCAAAGAAGGAAAUAAAUGUACAAAUUAUGCACAAAGUACUAUUCAUGCGAAGAUAAAGAAAACUGAAGGCACGUUGGCUGAAGCAGAGACAAAGAAGUCUUUAAAGAUAGAUGAUGGACAGGAAACAUUUCCCAUUGACAAAAGUCAAGAUACGAACCAUGCAGUGAGCUUUGAAAAUGAUGGCAUGGGAUUAAAAGACAGUGGAGAAGACAGAGAAAUUGACAAGCAGCAGGUGAAGGGAUGUCAACCAAUGGUUGGAUUUCUUGAGGAUGUUGACAAUAAAAAUGAAAGUUUGUCAAAGAAUGGGAAAAAGGAAAGUGAAGAUUGGUGGAGUGAGAUUAAACGCAGAAAGGAGAAUGAGAGAGAUAAGAAACAGGCAGUGGACCAGAAGAAGGAUGACACGGAUUGGUUUACAAAACUCAGGGAAGAAAAGCAAAAGAAAACAUUAAAUGAAGAGGUCAAUAAAGAUAUAAAACAGGCAGUGGACCAGAAGAAGGAUGACACGGAUUGGUUUACAAAACUCAGGGAAGAAAAGCAAAAGAAAACAUUAAAUGAGGAGGUCAAUAAAGAUAUAAAACAGGCAGUGGACCAGAAGAAGGAUGACACGGAUUGGUUUACAAAACUCAGGGAAGAAAAGCAAAAGAAAAAGCUCAAUGAAGAGAUGAAUAUAUCAAACACUAAACGGGCAGUGGACCAGAAGAAGGAUGACACGGAUUGGUUUACAAAACUCAAGGAAGAAAAGCAAAGGAAAACAUUAAAUGAAGAGUACUUUCAACCAUUCUCUGAGUAA